AGCAGUUUGUUGUUGGUGUCUGUCCGUGCGACCCACAACGUGACAACGUUGUGAACCUUAGUUUACAGUUAACACUGUGCGAAAGUAUAUUUAAACGAAGUGAAUUAGCGUCGUUGAUGUGUUUGUGUCAUUAACAAGUUUUGUAUGAACGAAACAGAUGCUUCUCCGAUUAUUAAAACUAUCUUAAGACAUAAAUGUAGUAGAUUUUUUGCAGGAAUACAUUUAUUUUGCUAUUGAGCUUGUAGUGGAAUACGUUUGAAAGCUACAGUGACUGCAGAUACUGACUGAAAAUCUGCGCUGGUUAAAAAAGUCAAGAAAUAUGGACCAGACAGCAUUUGUCAGUGGUACUACAUAUUGUGCCCAUAUGGGAACAUCAUAGGAAUUGUACCAGCUAAAAUUAUUUAUGAAGGUUCAUUCCAUGACUCCUCAUAUUGUCAGUUGACAGGUCAUGAACAUGGUGAGGCCAUCAAAGGUAUCCCACCAGGUAGCACGUGCUGCACCUGGUUUGCAUCUGAUGUGUUCUGUAACAAACCAACAGUCUCAUUCAGUCUCUGCAAACCCUGUGACAUCUGCCAAAGAUAAUAAGAGAAAUAACAUUGCAUGUUCUACUGAUCCUCUUUAUGGAACUAUUCUCAACAGCAGCAGUUCUGUUAACAGCGCCAUAGGAGACAGUGAUGUUGAACUUCCAUUAAUUAUGGCUAAUUUGAAGUUACGUGAUGUUGGAAGUGAAGUACCAGAUGCUGUAAUCCUGGAAAAUAUGGACUCUCAAAGAAGGAUCACCAGAAGCUGUUCGAAGCCAACUGAUUUUGCUACACAGAACAGACGAUGCAGUUUGAAACCAGCCAAAAUGGAUGUGGCAGAUAUUGAGAGUUAUUAUUUGAAUAAGAAAUUUCAGAAACCACUUGCGAGACACCUGGAAACUAUAUAUGAGGAGCCAGUAAUUAGAAAAAAUGGUUCAUGUUGCAUUCUUGGGCCUAAGAAACCAAGAAAAAUAAUAUUUACGGGGAUAUCUAAAGCCAAAGAAAAGAAGAGGAAAGCAAAUAUUAAAAAACUGAGUAGAAACUUUGCGUCUAGAAGGGCCAGUUUCUCAGCAGAUGAUUUUUUAAUGCAUUUAACUGGCAUAAUGUUGGAAGAUGUGAGCAAGACUGACAUAUGACCUUGAAAUAUUAGUAGCUGAAAUGUAAACAGGAUUAAAGUUCAAAAUCAAUUUAAGGAUUGAUUGAGAAGAAGCAUGGACCUGUGGACGUAUCUCACAAAAAUAUGAACAACAGUUAUCUCCUGUAGUGCCAAAGUGCUACCAAAUUUGUCAUGUACCAAACUGUUUCAUCUAGUGUUCAGAAGAGUUCCCUGAAGAAAGUGAAUGGACAGAUUGUUGUUUGUAACAACAGAUUUCAGAGGCAGAAAUCAUAGACAUGUGAUGAUUCGUUUGAAAAAUCCUUGACUAUGACGUCAACUGUAUCAGUGUCAGAAAUAAAUUUGUUAAGUGGCUUAAUGUUAAAAAAAGAAAACUUCUUGUGUGGUCUAGUGUUUCAGACCACCGUAAAUUUGAACAUAUUAAAUUCUAGCUGAAUUUGCUGGGUAAAGGUCUGCUAGUAAUCCUAGUACUUGCGUAAUUGUAAUUACCAUAAUAACGAGGAAUUUUUCAAAUGCCAUAAGCUGAAAUACAUUGAAAGUAUCACCUAAAAUUAAAAUAUUGGUGUUGUAUAUUACUGUACAAAUUAACUGGUUCUUCAAAUAUGUAUACAUUCACUAUUUUCACCAAUUUGGAAUUUCUUUGUUGAAAAAAUUAUUCAUUUUUCUUACAUAUCAUCACUAUGUAAUAUAAGUAUUUAUAAUAACAUUAAUUUUCCCAUAUAAUUUAAUUCUGAUUUUUGUCCUAAAUAUUCAGAAUUGUACGUAACCUUUUGUGUGGUAUUGAUAUUGAAAUUUAAUUGUAACUCAUUAUAAGUAUAGUAAAACUAAAUUUUAGUAUAAUUUAUACUGGCGCAGAUGUUAUCCAACAGGGUAACGCUGUGCACAUAUUUUUUUUUUUUUUAAUUUUUAUUUUUUUUUCCCCCUUCACAAUUCUGAAAGUAACAUAAUUAGGUACAUCUAGCAACAUAAAAAUUUUGGCAGAUUUA